AUGGAAGCGUCCGGUUCCAAUAAGGGGUUCUUCCAGGACCAACCCAUUAUCAAGAACCAAUUUCACGACGAUGUAAGCGUCCGACGUAUCACCGAGCUUUUCCUCCCAUCCUCUGUCCUCGGCGGGAUUCGCCCUGAUAUUGUCCAACUCGGCGAUGAUGUUCUGUCAGAGCAGAUCUUCGAUUGGGUAGUCGACGCCGAGCAUAACCAACCUUACCUACGCGGCGAUGGUCGAGACGCCUUUGGGAAGUCCAAGAGCGAACUGAUCGUGACCGAGGGCUGGCGGAAGCUGCAAGAGUUUGGGUAUCAAAAAGGAUUCAUCGCUCUCAAUUAUGACUCCGACUAUGGCCCAUACAACCGGCUCAUCCAGUUCAUACGCUGCCAUCUUUGGGAGGGCUCCUGCGCCAACACGCUCUGCCCAGCAGCCAUGCAGGAUGGCGCAGCUCGGCUUCUCCAGCGCCAUAUCUUCGGGCAGGCGGCCACGAAGUUGUCGUCGACAGAACGCCGAGUCUUCCAAAAUGCCUAUGAUCACCUCACUUCCCGCGACCCUAACAAGACAUGGACUAGUGGACAAUGGAUGACCGAACGCACCGGCGGCAGUGACGUCUCGCAGACCGAAACGAUCGCCACCUACGACCCCUAUCCAACCUCCUCCCCGAUCCCACUCGCGGACGCCCACGAGAACAUACCGCUCGGCCCGUGGUCCAUAUCAGGCUUCAAAUGGUUCUCGUCUGCUACCGACUCUCAGAUGACCAUCCUCCUCGCCAAAACCGACCCGACCAAGGGCGUCAGCGCGUUCUUCGCCCCGAUGCGCCGGCACGACCCAAUCCACAUCUCCGCGACGGGAGUCCGCGGCGGCAGCAGCAGCAGCGAGCUCAAUGGCGUGACGAUCCAGCGUCUCAAGCGCAAGUUCGGGACACAAUCCCUCCCCACGGCCGAACUCGAGCUCAAGAACAUGCGCGGCUGGCUGAUUGGCGAAGAGGGUAAAGGCAUCCAAGAAAUCAGCACGAUCUUGAACAUCACCCGGGUACACACGGCUGUGUCCUCAGUCGGCUAUCUUGGCCGAGGCCUCGGAGUGGCUAAGGGGUUUGCGUUGGUGCGCGAAGUUGGCGUGGGCCGUGGCCGGCGAGUGCCCCUGGCUUCCCACCCGUUACAUAUGCGCACGCUCGCGAACUUGACCGUGGAGUACCACGGGUUGAUGCUCCUGGUGUUCUACACCGUCCAGCUGCUGGGUCUGUCCGAAAGACAACGGCAGCAUUCCCAUUGCUCACCCUCACCCUCACCAUCACCAUCACCAUCACCAUCACCAUCACCACCACACCCCCUUACCCCACCACCAACCCUCACCAGCCCCCUCCUCCGCGUCUUCUCUUCGCUGCACAAAUCUCACGCCUCCGACCGCGCCCUCCCCCUCCUCUACGCCUGCAUGCAAGCCCUCGGCGGCGUCGGCUACCUACUCAACGACGAAACGCCGCACGCCAAUCUCGCGCGUAUCUAUCGCGACGCCUGUGUCGGCGCCAUCUGGGAGGGCACGACGGAUGUCUUGGCGGGGGAUACGAUCCGGGCGGUGAGACAUCCCAAGGGUGGGAAGGCGGUGAGUGAGGGGUUGAGGUGGGUUGUUGAGAAGGGGUUGGGGUAUGUCAGGGAGGAGGGCAAGACGGAGAAGGAAUGGGUGGAGAGUGUGAGGGUGGAAUGGGAGAAGGUGAGGGAUAGGAUGGAGCGUCAGGGGCAGGAGGAGCUUUUGCCGGAAGCUAGGGGGGUUGUUUUCCGACUGUCGGAGGUGCUAAUUGCGGUGUUGUACCUGGUGGACGCCGCGACACACCCGGGGCCGGAGAUUGAGGAGAUGUGUCGGCGGUAUCUCGUCGAGAAGGGGUUUGUCCUUGAGAAGGAAGGGGAAGGGAAGAAGGACUUGGCCAUGGACCAGGCGAUUGUGUACGGAGCAGACAAGGCGCCUGGUGUAGUGGCUGCGGGCACGAAGCUAUGA